UUUACGUUUGUUUCUUUUUCUUUUUUCUCCUUUUCUACUGCAAUCUUCUUCGCUAGAAAGACGGCUCGGAGAUUAGAAUAAAUGCUUUCGGAGGUAGAUAGGUACGAGUAUUAUAUUCACUCGUAAAUCGCAUGACGAAUCGAUCGAGUCGAAUUAAAACCGUUUAAUGAUGACCCAUCGUUUAAUUUUUACAUAGAUCAUUUAUAUAUCAAUACUUACAUUAUCUACAAAGGUAACGCAUUUAUGUUUUUUCAGCGUAUCGAAAGAGUAUAGGAUAAUAGGAUUUUGUUGUCCCUUAGAAAGCAACUCUGAACGGUACGAAUUUGUUCGUUUAUUUAUUACUUUCUUUUUUCGCUUUUUUUAAUUACCCCAUCAUCCCUUUCAUACACCUUGGCAAUGCGAUGAUUGAAACGAAAAAAAGAAAAAGAAAAGAAAAAUCCGAAAAAGGAUGGAAAGCAAAAAAAGAGCAUUGGCGGAAGUAAGUAGAUCAGAUAAAAAAAUAAUGUCUCUUUUAAUUGAAAGUUAUCCGACAGUUAGGCGACUACUCGAAAACUUGGGAUUACGAGGAAAGUGUGAGAGAAAGGGAAAGAGAAGGGAGAAGGGCGAAGAGAAAGAACGAGGGAGGGAGGGAGGGAGCAAGCAACGACGUUGUGAUUUAUUUCUUGCCAUCGAGGAGAAAGAAGGCAGUGCAACGUAAGUUAAAAGUUUCGUGGAGGAUCAAAAAGAAGAAGAAGAAGAAGAAGAAGAAGAAGAAAGAAAGAAAAGAAAAGAAAAGAGAGAAGGAAAAUAAAAGCGCGAAUAGAGAAAGAGAAAUAUCAAAGACACGGGGUGUUUUAUAAGAGUGAGAUAUUUUAUUACCGCGUAUCGCGAGUUAAAAGGAGGAGGAGGAGUGGAAGUAGAGGGAGUAGUAAUAGUAAGAAGAAGAAGAAGAAGAAGAAGAAGAAGAAGAAGAAGUAGCUUAUAUACCGGAAAGAUAGAGAUAUAAUGUAUUGUGUUACGUUCUAACGAUCUAACGUGACGAGAAGAGAAAAUCUAGUGGAUAUUAGCAGGAAGGUGAAGGAGGAAAAGGAAUAGGAGAAGAAGGAAGACAAGACAGAAGGGGGGAGUAAAAUUAGGAAGAGUAAAGGAACGAAAUAGCUAAUGGAAUUCAUUGAUGAUUCUCAAGAUGAUGUCAAGAGAAUUCGAACUGGAUAAUGGAGCACACGAAGUGACCGUAGAAGAGGGACGCUCCGUUAACGUGUGACUUGUGGAAAAUUAGCCGAGUACAAUUAAGAUGUACCCCGCGCCGGCGAGACACCCAGCCGCUCCCGGCGGCGGAGGAAGCGGCGGGGCUGCGGGAGGGCUGAAAUUCACGGUGGCCGACACUUGUGAAAGGAUCAAAGAGGAAUUCAAUUUCAUCCAGCAACAGUACCAUUCGUUAAAACUCGAAUGCGAAAAGCUGGCCAGCGAAAAGACCGAAAUGCAGAGGCAUUAUGUCAUGGUAAGACACUUUUACUACGAGAUGUCGUAUGGCCUCAACGUGGAGAUGCAUAAACAGACGGAGAUUGCUAAGAGGCUGAACGCGAUAAUUGUCCAAUUGUUGCCCUUCUUGGCGCAAGAGCAUGGCUUACAGCAUCAGCAGCAGGUGGCGAACGCGGUGGAGAGGGCGAAACAAGUUACCAUGUCCGAGCUGAACGCGAUCAUUGGGCAACAACAACAACAAGGACUCCAGCAGCUGUUGCAACAAAUUCAUGCGCAACAAUUGCCGCAUGGUGCGGUAGUUGGUGGACUUCCACCUGGUGGGUUAUUGGGUUUCGCGGGUGCGGCAGCCGCAGCGGCUGCUGCAGGAGUACCUCCUCAUCUGGCCCCACCGGCCCAUCCAGCGGCUGCGGCCGCAGCGGUUCAGGCACAGGCUCAGGCCCUUCUUAAACCUGCGGAUUUGCAGCAACAUCGUGCAGCCGCGGAAACGCCCGAAGAUCGUAAACCGAUAGCUCUAACCGAUGAGAGACUUCGACAAUCGGUUUCACCUCCUGAAAAGUUUCGUACUCGCACGCCUGACCUUGAAAGUGAUCCUAAAAGGCGGAAGGAAGAAAAGCUCGGUCACGAUAGCGACGGCGAGAAAAGCGAUCAGGACUUAGUCGUUGACGUGGCGAACGAGGAAGGAUCGUCGCCGCAUGCGAAUGGCGAGCAUUCGGAUCCACGAGAAAACGGUACCCUAGAGAAACAUGGAGCAACGGGUCACAUCGGUGGACCAGCUUCGGGAGUAGGUUCGACCUCGGUCAAGGACAGGCCACCUUCGCGAAGCGGAAGUUCUUCCGCCCGUAGUACGCCGUCUCUGAAAAGUAAAGAUAACAUCGCGGAACUAACAAUUCAGGUCGACAAACCGGGUACACCUGUGGCGGCGGCGAGGGGCUCGCGCAGUUGUACGCCAACUAUGGGCGGCAUCCCUGGGCCCUUGGCAUCGCGGGUCUAUCAUCCGCCAUCGUCGCAGCAAACGCCACCACAGGGUUAUCAGGGCUUGCCAUCCCGCGGCAAUGAGCCGUCGCAGUCGCCCUCGCCCUACAACAACUUGCCCUACGCCAGACCAUCCAUGGUGACUUUCGAUCCCAUCAAUCUCCUCAGUUUCGACGGUCACGUGAGGAUACCCUCGAGUAACGGACUGAGCAGCAUUCCGGGUGGCAAACCAGCGUACUCCUUCCAUAUGAACGGCGAGGGCCAACUGCAACCAGUAUCUUUCCCCACGGAUGCUCUCACAGGACCAGGUAUACCUCGUCACGCGCGUCAGAUCAACACUUUGACUCACGGUGAGGUCGUAUGCGCGGUCACGAUCUCGAAUCCAACAAAAUACGUUUACACCGGUGGCAAGGGUUGCGUCAAAGUCUGGGAUAUUGGUCAAGGCAGCAGCAUUAGCGCUAAACCUGUCUCGCAAUUGGACUGUUUGCAGCGCGACAAUUACAUCAGGUCGGUGAAGUUACUGCCAGACGGUAGAACGUUGAUAGUAGGCGGUGAGGCGAGUCAACUGAGUAUCUGGGACCUGGCCAGCCCAACGCCGAGGAUCAAGGCCGAGUUGACCUCCUCAGCGCCAGCCUGUUACGCCUUGGCCAUCUCGCCGGACUCGAAGGUCUGUUUCAGUUGCUGCAGCGACGGUAAUAUCGCCGUCUGGGAUCUCCAGAAUCAAACGUUGGUCAGACAGUUCCAAGGACACACGGACGGAGCUUCUUGCAUCGACAUAUCGGCCGACGGCUCGAAACUCUGGACCGGUGGCCUCGAUAAUACCGUAAGAUCGUGGGAUCUAAGAGAAGGAAGGCAACUUCAGCAACAUGACUUCACAUCCCAAAUAUUCUCAUUGGGAUACUGUCCUACCGGCGAAUGGCUCGCUGUCGGCAUGGAGAACUCUAACGUCGAGGUUCUUCAUGCCACAAAGUUGGACAAAUAUCAGUUACAUCUGCACGAGUCCUGCGUUCUAUCCCUUCGUUUCGCUUCAUGCGGCAAGUGGUUCGUUUCCACCGGCAAGGACAAUCUGCUCAACGCUUGGCGCACGCCUUACGGCGCCUCGAUAUUUCAAUCGAAGGAAUCCUCGUCGGUUCUGAGCUGCGACAUCUCUGCCGACGACAAGUACAUUGUGACUGGAUCCGGCGACAAGAAGGCCACUGUCUACGAAGUGAUUUACUACUAGACGUAUGUCUCCCGGCAAGAACCUACAUUUUCUCUCUUCGUUACGGCUCGAACUACACCGGUAUCCGCUGUUCCCUUUCGUUCCUUUCAUUUCUUUCUUUUUAUUUUCCUUUCCUUUCCUUUCUUCUCUUCUCCUCCAUCGCCAUCACCAUCACCAUCGUCAACUUCCAUUCCUCUUUCGCUUCCUCCUCUUCCUCCUACGCUUCCUCCACCUCCUUCACCUCUUCUUCUUCUUCUUCUUCUUCUUCUUCUUCUUCUAUCAGUUUCUUUCUCUCAUCGAAAGAAGAAACACGUCGCAAGUGAGAAAGUUUUAGAAGCCUUAGGAAAACUAGACUGUUACUACUGUGUAUAUAUAUAUAAGAAUCUAUAUUGCUAUAGAGAAACAAUGUUUAAAGAGGAGAUACUCAAUGUAUAAUGUGAUACGAAGUCUCUCUCAAAGUGUGUGUGCGAACGUAUAAAACGCGUGCGUGCAUGACCCAACCGUGUGAGAGUAUACUUUAUGCAGAUGUGAUUAUACCUAGAAAACGAACUCCUGUCGCGCGUGUACAACGACGAUAAAACGUGUUAAAUAGAACGUUUCCGAGCGGUUCACGUGUCCGUGAAGUAAAAGACACAAAACAUUCUUGCGAGUGACGAACGAUACGUUGAAAAUAUAUGAUUUUAUAUAGAGAUACGUAAAAUAAUAGAGAAAGAGUGAGAGAGAAAGAGAGAGAGAUAGAGAGAGAUCGAUAUAUAUAUAUAUAUACAUAUACAUAUAUAUACAUAUAUAUAUAUAUACGCCCGAAUCGGACGGCCAAUUUAAAGGUGACGAAUCUAUAAUCUACCUACGAAAAUUGCAUUACGCUUUCAGCCGUUAAUACGACGAUAUAAUUGUAAAAAUCGUUUCCAAUGACUUUUACAACUUUUACAGUCACUAAUAACGUUAAGAGUGAUGAUUUGCGAAAUCAGUGUAUGAUGGCAAUCGGUGAUUAAACGCGUUUCACUUUAUUUCAAUUUCAUUGGUACUCUCCUUCAGUAUUGUCGUUAGGCGAUCGAGAUUAUCAUGGUUUGAUUUUAUUUCAUAUUUUAUAUUUUAUUUUUAUUUUUAUGUUUAUUUUUAUUUUUAUUUUCACUUCCAUUUUUAUUUUUAUUUUAAGUAGUUCUAUAUUUAAGAAGAUGACGCGCAUUUAUUAUAUGUCCAUGAAAACCACAUACAUACACACACACAUACGUACAUGCGUAUGAAAGAAAUAAUUUGUUAUCUUCUCGAUCGCCGAUAAUAUUAUAAAUCCGAAUUCAAAUAAACACUUGAGAAAUCGGAUCGUUUAACAAACGAUUUAUUUUAUUCUCAAUAAAAAAUAUAUCUAUGCUCGUUAUAACGAUGAACAACAUAAAACGAUCAUCGAUGAUAGCAAGAAUGCGAUUAGUAUUAUCAAUCGGCGUCAUACCUUUAAAAAACAAAACAUAUCGAAUAUUUUUUAAAUCCUUAAACUUUACAUUUUUCUUUACUUCUUUUUCCUAUUUUAAGUUUCUUCCUUUUUUCUCGUUUCAUUUCGAUGAUGAAAUUUCGAUGACUCCUUUCUUUCGUUUAUCCCCAAAAAGUGUAUUGCAGAUUGUUAACAAUAACAAAAAUAACGCGUUAAACUCCUCUACGAGCAGAGAAUAGCGUUUCAAUUGCCUGCGUACGUGCAUGCUUCUUCUUUUGUAGACGUGCAUGCGCAUACGCAUACACACGCACGCACGCACAUAUACACAUACACAUAGAGAGACAAAUUGCAUUCGUCUCUUUGUAUGCGUAUCGUGUUGUGUAUUGUAUGUAUGUACGUGGGUGAGCGAAAUUUAAACAAACGACUUUGUGUAUAUGCGUGUAUAUGAUGCGUCGUGUGUGUAUGGGGGCCAGCUGGGGGAGGUAGCAGUGCAGUGGGAGGGACAGGGGGUGUAUUAAUCGGCUCUGCGUGUGUAUGUAUGAUACAUCUUAUGCGUUUAGAUGCGUGCGUGAUAAAUCUCUUUGUACAAAAUCGCGUACCAGAUUCGAUGAUCGUUGCCGAUAAACGCAAUGGACAACUUACGUGCCGUUAUUGACGGUAACGAAGAUGCUUAAAAAAAAACGAAAAAGGAGGGGGAAAAAAAAGAAAAAAAUAUAUAUAUAUCUAUGUAAAGUACAAUUC